AUGGAGCAGCAAAAGCCCGAGGACACCACCUGGAAGCAUCUGAAGAUACCUCAGCUCAGCCGCAUCGAAGCCGGAAUCCGCCGCUGCUUCAUCCACCUCUUGUCUCGGGCAGCCCAUGUGCCGAAGGGAAAUGCAUGUUUGCUGAACAGCCACGCGGCAUGGCACUUCUUGACGAGCCUUGCGUCGGAUCCCGACCUCUACGGUGAUCCGGGGGCGUGCGUGCACGCGAAGGUCUAUGCCUUGGCCUUCCUCCUGCAGCGUUUUGAUGACCACAAGCUCAUGAUCGAGCUUGGUCUCAUGGAACGGCUCCUAGAAACCAAGGAGCAAAUCAAGCAAGAGAUGCCACAUCGCAUCCAAGAGCCUGACCUGCCGGACCUGCGACUUCCCUGGAUCCACUGCGUCAUCAGCUUGGUCCUCCUCUCAGGUCCCAAACUCUUCGCCGGCAGCAAGGGCCGCGAGUAUGAGCAGCUUGUCGCUGGUGCGCUCGACUUCGCCAAUGACCUGCAGUUUGAAGGCAGAAGCAAGAUCCAGCGGGAGAUGCCUGGCCUGGCGUUGGACCUCGAGUGCCAGCAGGCACUGGGAGCUGCCCUGGCACCAUUCAGCACGAAAGUCACCCACUUCGCGAGUCUGAAGCCGAAGUUCACGCUGUACUUGCUGGCGCUCAUCUGCAGUGCGCCGACACUCGGGCUCCGACAGCGUGCUUGUGAAUUCCUCACCGAGAUGCUCACGAAGGGACAGCAGCCACACCUCGCUGGUGCGGCCUUCUUGAAAGCAAACUGCUUGGAGAGCUUCCGACGGAUUUUGACAGGGCCGCUGGAUGUGCUGAUCUCAGCAGGGCCGGGGCGGCCCGGGCUUUGCCCUGAAGGUGUUG